AUGCAGGUGUCAUCAAAAGCUGACUCUCCCGCCAAUGCAGUGCCCCACGACGUCCAGGCGUCGUAUAUCAAAAUUAUUGAUUCUAUCCUGGCAUCCAGUGACCUGAAUACUAUCUCCGAGAAGCGGAUACGUAAAGGUCUGCAGGAUGCCGUAAACUACGAUAUCACCCCGCAAAAGGCCGCAAUCAAAGAGCUGAUUAUGCAGCGAUUUGAUAUCUUCGCGGAACAGAGCGAGAAACAAGCAAAUAUCACCACCGUUGUCAACGGUCAUUCGUCCAACAACCAUGUCCCAGUAUCCACAGUCGAGCCCAUUUCCCCCGCCCUUUCAGCUUCGCCUCAGAAGCGCAGUGCAGAGCCAGAAAACGUCUCCGACUCAGGGGACAAACCACCGAAAAAGAAAAGAAAGUCCGAUAUGGUGGAUGCCGAUGCGAUCUUUGCGGCCAAGUUACAAGCUGAGGAAAACCUGCGUGCGCGACCAACAAGAGGUGCAAAUACGAGAAAGGUUGCGCUGAUCAAGAAAAAGAAGUUGCCUGUGAAAUCCAAAACAGCAAAGAAAGUGAAGGCGGAUGAUGAUUCUGGCUUAGAUGAACCUGACUUAGAAUCAAAGAAGGAGGUUACUCGAACAGGUGGAUUUCAUAAACCUCUCACUCUGUCUCCUACACUCUCUGCUCUGUUGGGAGGUGAAAUUACCCUUUCCCGACCACAAACCGUCAAGAAGGUGUGGCAGUAUAUCCGCGAAAAGGACCUCCAGGACCCGGCUGAUCGACGCCAAAUUCGAUGCGAUGGUCUUAUGCGAGCCGUCUUCAAACAGGAUCGGAUACACAUGUUCACCAUGACCAAAAUUCUGAACCAGAACCUUUAUAAUCCUGACGAGUGA